GCUGUCGAUAGCGCAGAGCAUCUACACACCGCAAGUGUGCCGUGGUCGAACUGUUUUCUACAAAAGAAUCGCAGUUACUGUGGCUUCAAGAUCGAAAUCGACCAAAUACAGUUGUCAACAUCAUCUAGUUGCAUUGUAAAUCGUUGAAAGAAUAAGAGCUCGGUAAAUAUCGAAUAGACGCGGCAACUGUGUAUAUUCAGUCUUGCUGGGUCGGGCUUGGGGAAACAUCAGACAAUCGAGGACACAGUAGUGCUGCCGCUCAGCUAACAUACGGCGAACCCGGCAACUAGUUUACAGCACGCCAGCUUAGUGGUGUCAGUUAGUGAAUAGCGAUAGGUAUGGCCUCUGCGAAAGAUACGGCUACGUUCUUUACCCACGGCACCUGUCAACAUUUUGAGCAGGUUCUCAAAUUAUAUCCGCAAGCUCUACGACUGAAAGCAGAUAGGAAAGCUAAGAAACCCGAGGAACUGAUCAAAUUAGACAAUUGGUACCAAAAUGAACUACCGAAAAAAAUUAAAAGUCGUGGAAAAGACGCUCACCUCGUCCACGAGGAAUUGGUACAAUGCAUGAAAUGGAAACAGACGAGAGGAAAAUUUUUUCCACAGUUGUCUUAUUUGGUUAAAGUGAAUACACCCAGAGCUGUAGCUGCGGAAACGAAAAGAGCCUUUAGAAAAUUACCAAAUCUAGAAUUGGCAAUGUCUGCAUUAUCUAAUUUAAAAGGUGUCGGUACAACAAUGGCUUCCGCACUAUUAGCAGCAGCUUGUCCGGAAAGCGCCCCCUUUAUGGCCGAUGAAUGUUUAAUGGCCAUACCAGACAUCGAAGGUAUAGAUUACACGACCAAGGAGUACCUGAAAUUCGCCAAUCACAUCAAAUCAGUCGCCGAUAGGUUGAACAAAGCCGCCGAAGAAACUGAAAGACCUGAUGCUGUUCGUUGGUCACCGCACAAAGUCGAAUUGGCGUUAUGGACGCAUUACGUCGUUUCCGAACACAAACCAGAAUUGCUAUCUAGUAUUUUCGCCGGUAGUCCUUUGGAAAACGGAAACGCCGUUCCGAAACCGGUUGUAGUAGUACAUCAAAACGGCGAUUCGAUAGAUCCCGCGACGUCAGACGAAAGCAACCAAGGUCCUUUGAACGGAAAAACUAUCUUGGACGAAGACACUACCACCACCUCGUUUACGGAUAACAGUCCGCCGUCAUUGGAUCAGAACGAAGAGACAAACGACAGUGUCGUUUCUGGAUCAGAAGAAUUGAGCAAAGAUUCUCUAGGUUCGACGGACAGUAUCGGAGAGGCGACGAAACGGCCGUACGAAGACACCACCACCACCGUCCAACCGGCGAGCAAGAAAUUAAGAGAAGAUGUACAAGCUAAGUGACAAAUACGUAAUUACCUAUAAUUUUUUUUACUUUUUCGUUUUUAAGUAUAGUAUCUAAAAGGAAAACACAUUUUGUAAGAAGUUUCAUUAUUUAAAUUUCCCCCCUGUAUUUUCCGUUGUUUUAAUUAAUAGAAAUCGGUUCCCGAAGUUUUUCCACAAACUAAUUUUCGAAAAUAUUCUGUAUAAUCGAUAUACGAUGAAAAAAAGCUGGCUGUGAACGUAUUUCUAGUUUUUUUUUCUUUUCUUUUGGUGAUCACUUUUGUAAAACGCUCGGUAUAUAUUUUACAUUAUUUUUUUUCAUCAUUCUCUCACAUCAAAACUGUUGAAUUUAAACAAAUUCGUGUUAUUAUACAGAAUAGGGAAAAUUAAUUCGUGUUUAUCCCUCGUAUAUAAAAUCGAAAUCGGAAAUAGUUUGUGCGAGAAAAAAACGAGACGAAAUGUUCUCAGUAACGAUUUUUUUUUAUUUGAUACUCAAAUUGGAAAUGUCGAUUUUUCUGGAAAUAAAAUUUUUUUAUCCGGCUCGAAGGACCAUAAAUGUUUAUUAUUCGAUUUUUGUUUUGUUAUUCUUUUGGUAAGAGUGACUUAGAGGCGAUUUCAUAAUUUUACCAACCAUUCUCUUGGGUUACCGUUUUCCUUUCACUUUUUGGUCUUUUUGCUUUUGAAUAUAUCGCAGAAAUUAGAGUCUUGAUCAUUUUAAACGAAUUCACAGCUUCAACUAGCAAUGUUUUAGAGCCUCUAUUCUUGUCAGGUGAUGCGGAAUGAGCUCGAGGCUGUUUUACACAUUUCGCCCAUUUUCACAUCAAUUAGAGCCUUGAAUAAUCUUUGUCACAUUUUUGGCUCUUACUACCAAUAUUAGAGCCGAUAUUCUUGUUGGGUGAUGCAAAACGAGUCAAAGCUUUGUCAUGUCGAAUUUUUCUUUCACAUGUUUUUUCAAAAUCUUAUGUUUAUUUUAAUACGAACCAGUAUCCGAAAUCAUCUUUAAUGAAUUUUGGGCUCAUAUAAACAAAAUUAGAGCCUCUACUUUUAUUGGGUGAUGCGAAAUUAAUUCAAGCAUUGCCGUAAUGACUGUUGUUUUUCACAUUUUGGUUUUUUAUUUUAGAAUAUAUUGUUAAUUUUAACAUCAACCAGUAUCCUGUAUCAUUUUUAAUGACCGUUUAGUUCUUACUCACAUUUUGGUCUAUUUAUCAAAAAUAUUGGUAAUUUUGACAUCAACCAGUAUAUUUUGUUUUCUAGUAGUAAAAUUAGAGCCUCUAUUUUUAUUCAGUGAUGCAGAAUUGACCCAACUAUUAUAGGGAGAGUGUUUCUUCCACAUUUUUGUCUUUUUUUUUUAAAUAUAACGCUCUUUUCCAGGUCAGUUAGAAUCCUGAAUCAUUUUGAACGAAUUUCUAGCUCUUACCAGUAAUGUUAGAGUCUAUAAUUUUAUUGGUUGAUGUAAAAUUAACCCUAACAUUGUCGUGAUGACUUUUUCUUUCGCAUUUUUUUUUCUGUUUUCAACUCAUUUUCGAUAUAAAAGAGCGAUAUGAAUAUUAACAUCUUUUUUGGUUUUACGAAAAGAAUUAGAGCCUUUUGAUUUUUUUUUCUACAAAACCCACAUCGUUUUUAAGAAAAUAAAUUUUAUUUCUAGAAGAAUUAAGAAAUACUUUUAUUCAUUGAUUAUUUUUGUUUUUUAAUAAUACAUUUAGUCGUUUACGAAAUUUUUGAUACUGUUCUCUAUCAUCCCCUAAUAUAUUACCAUUACUAGGGUAGUUAAGUAAUUUAUUUGUUUCUUUUAAUGUAUUCCUUCUAACUUAGGCAUUCUUUUAUGAACUAAAAAAAUAUAUAUAUGAGAGGUACAUUCCACUAUUUCAGUUGGGCUUAAACAAAAAAAAAAUAAUAAUACUGAAUGUCUCAUUGUAAUUUUCAAUGUUCCGGUUCCGAAUAUUUCCUCAAUUAGAUGUUACACUACCUUCAAAACUAUUUAUUCGAGAAACGAAAUAUUGGGACACCCAGUAUACAUGAUAAGUUGCAUUUGUAAUCUUGUACAUAAUAUAAUAUAUAUAUUGAUACAUUCUUUUAUUUUAUAGCACUGGUUUAUCAUUUCUUUUUUUUUUCUUUACGUAUUUCGCCCACUUCAAAACUUACAUGGUUAGCCAACGUAGCUCAGAUCCAAAUUUAAAACAAAACCACUAGAACUUGUGAUUUAAACGUUUCUUGAUGAAAUAUCUAACUCUGUAAUCAGAAUAUCUACACAACUAUGUUAACUUAGCUGAUCAAUUCAAAUAUUGUAUUUUGUAAUUUAGUUAGAAAAUCCCUGCUACUUAGAAUACCGUUCAAUGAUUAAUUAUAUCAUUUUUGAGAGUCAUUUACUUGGUAUACGGUUGCUAAUUUAUUACUACAUUGUAUAACCUAUCAGUUUUAGUAAUAAAAUAUUUAUUGAUUAGUUAAAAUACCGUUGAGUAACUACAACAACUUAACUGAUCAAUUAAAAUAUUGUUAUUUGCUCAUUAGUUAAAAUUAAAAUUAGAAAAUCCCUGCCGAUUAGUUAAAAUACCGUCUGAUAAACGAUUAUAAGGUCGUAGCUAAUCAGUCUGUUAUUACUACUGAUUAGUUAGUUAUAAAAUCGAUAAAAUAUUGUUGUUGCUGAUAGGUUAAUUAGUAAAACUUUGUUCUUCUUUACCGAUUUGCUAAAAUACCAUGAAAUAAUGAUAAUAUCUUAACUGAUCAAUUGAAUAAACGUAGUUAAUUAGCUAUAGCAUCGUCGCCAAUCGAAAUACCUUUGAUCCUGAUUAGUUAAAAUAUUGUAACUGGUCAUUUAAAUAGUGUUGCUGAACAAUUUUUAAUAUCAGUUGUUGCUAAUUAUACCAUGAGUUACAUAUUUUAUAGAUUUUUUUUAAUUAUAAUUUUUAUGCAGGUUUUAUUGGAUUUUUUAAUAUUAUGGUAUGUAAUAGUAGGAAGAAGCUACGUUGCUAACUGAAAUUUGAUUUUAUGAAAUCGUAUAAGGUACAAAUAAAACGCAGAACGAUUUUGUAAUUUCGAUUUAUUAAUAAUAAUAAUAAUAAAUAGCAAAGCUCCGUUUUUGUUAUAAAUAUUUAUAUAUAUACAAACACUAUAUAUAUAGAGAGACAACAAAUAACUGAAUGCCUUUUAUCAAAUAUUGUAGUGUAUACACUUUUACAUAAAAAAAAUAAAUACUAGAUAAUAAUUUUUUUUUGAAUAUUCAUUAUGUUAUACGCCCUGUUCGAUUCUCGCGAAUUUGAAAAAAAUUAAACGGGCGUGUGUACAUAGAGUGGUUAUUUUAAAGAAAAAAAAACGGAUUUUGAAAAUCUCGUUCGUACUACAUUUUAUUUUUUAUAAUUUCAAAAAUGCCUCUCGUCACGCUUCUUCGAAUUGAGAUCUUCAAUAUCCGACACAUUAUUUAAUGUAAAAAAAAUAUCAUUUGUAGAUGAGUUUUGAGGUUUUGUAGGAUAUUUUCAUAAAUAUAAAUAUUUCACGGC